AUGGAGGGAGUCCUGUGGAAAUGGACAAAUUAUUGGACAGGCUGGCAACCACGCUGGUUUGUGCUGGACGAUGGAGUCCUGGUCUACUACAAAUCUCAGGAAGAAGUUAAUCAGGGUUGCAAAGGUUCGCUAAAAAUCACUGCUUGUGAAAUCUCAGUGAGUCAAGCAGAUCCUCUUCGUCUCGAUGUUACUGUUCCUGGGGAACAGCACUUCUACCUUAGGGCUUCCACAUCACAAGAAAGGCAGCAGUGGCUGGUAGCACUUGGCAGUGCCAAAGCCUGUGAAGGCCUCACAACAAAAGAUACAUACAGUGAACCAGUAUAUAUUUCAGUUCCCGAAGAAAGAGACAGUUUGAAAUCCAAACGAAGUGAAUUGAGGCUCUACUGUGAUUUAUUGAUGCAGCAAGUUCAUUCUGUGAAAGAUGCAGCUACACAAGCACCUCCAGAUGUUGAAAAACUGGACGAAUCCACGCACUUGCUCUCGGCCACUUGCGACACCUUCAUAUCGACCCUAGAAGAGUGUUUGCGGCUUGCCAAAGCCGAGUUUAACUACCAGUUGCCCCAUUCUACGAUCGACAAAGCACUCAACGGCUACAAUCACGACCCUUCCCAUUCUCCCGCGCCCAUAUCGCCGUCCGGUAGGAAAUCCUCACGUUCUAGUUCUAGAAUGUGA